AUGUUUCAAUCUGCCUGCCGACGCCUGCUUUUGCAGACCCCUGGACGAAGUGCAACUUUUCUGCGAGUGGCAAGUUCAGCUGUCCACCGUCCCAACGUGCCCCGUACCAUUGGUAGCACGCGUUUCUUCUCUGAGGCGCCCAAGGAAGAAGCCAAAGAAGUCGACCCCAUGGCGGCAGUGGCUGCUGCCCAGGCGGAAAAGUUGCUGGCUGUCAAGAAGCAACUCUGGGAAAUUUAUCUCUCCACAGGUCGUGGGGCCAACGCAUUGUUUGAAGCCAUUGAUCUGGAUGAGAAUGGCGCCGUCGAUCCCGAGGACUUGAAAUCCUUCAUGAUUGAGGUCAUGGGCGAUGAAGAUCCCAAAGAAAUCAUGCCUUAUGCAUGGAAUCGACUCGAACAACGGGCCGCCGCGGGGGUGCAGUAUGAUCUUCGUCAUUUCAAAAAGUGGUUGGUCGCCGCCACCAAAAUGUCGGCGGAUAUGAAGAAUUCGCGAGUUAUGGCCUAUCUCAUGCAAAAUCCGGAAGUGGGCGAACGAUUUUUCAACCAGCUACCUCACCAAGGACUGCAUGCAUUUGACGAUGAAGAACCGGCAAACUAUACAUGGAAUGAGGAAACUAUGAGCCAAUCCUUGCGAAGGAUGCAGUAUGCCGUCCGUGGAGAGGUCGCAAUGCUUGCCGACAAACUAGCAGCUGAAGGACGCGAGAUUCUUUACACCAACAUUGGGAACCCGCAUCAAGUGGGACAGUCGCCUAUCACCUAUUAUCGCCAAGUCUUGGCACUCUGCGACUUGCCAGCGGAAUGCGGUGUGGAUCACCCAAAAGCGCAUGAAAUGUUCCCCGCCGAUGUCAUUGCUCGGGCCAACGAAUACCGAGACAUUAUUGGUCCUUCUGGCACGGGUGCGUAUACCCAUUCGCAAGGAAUUUUGGGUUUGCGAAAGCAUGUGGCCAAGUUUAUUGAAGCACGGGAUGGAUAUCCUAGUUAUCCGGGUGAUAUUUUCUUGACCAACGGAGCCUCGGCUGGAAUUGCCAUGGUCCUGCAGGGACUCAUGGCCAACAACAAUGAUGCAGUCAUGAUCCCCAUCCCACAGUAUCCCAUCUAUUCAGCGUUGAUUGCCAAACUCGGUGGCCGCCAAAUCGGAUACAAUAUGGAUGAAAGUCUAAACUGGGCCGUGACGAGAGAAGAGCUGGACAGCAAACUUGCCAAAGCGAAGAAGGAAGGACUUGAAGUGAAGGCUUUGGCCAUGAUCAAUCCAGGCAAUCCGUCUGGUAACCUCAUGACUCAUUGUGACAUCCAGACUGUAGCCGAAUUUUGCGCCGAGCAUGGCAUUGUUUUGUUGGCCGACGAAGUGUACCAGGCUAAUGUUUAUGGGGACAGUGCCCAGUUUGUCAGUGCCAAAAAGGUGGCUCUGGAUGCUCGGUUGCGUGAUUUGCAGUUGCUCUACAAAUUGGCGAGUUCUGAGCUUUGCAGUGGUGUCGUCGGUCAGAUCAUGACCUCUCUCAUGGUCAAGCCACCGCUUCCUGAAGACGAAUCGUACGAACUGUUCCGAAAGGAAACAACCACAAUCUUCGAAGGCAUGAAAGAACGGUCGAGAAAGUUGGUCGAAGGUUUGAAUAAGAUAGAAGGAAUCUCGUGCGUCCCGGCCGAAGCCGCCAUGUACGCGUUCCCCAGCAUACAAGUGCCACCAAAGGCCGUUGAAAGAGCCAAGGAAAUGGGCACAACACCCGACAAUUUGUAUGCCCUUAGCCUGUUGCAAGAGACAGGAAUCUGUGUGGUUCCCGCAUCUGGAUUUGGGCAGGCCAAGGGACGAGUGGGCUUCCGGACAACAUUCUUGCAUCCAGACACAGUCAAGGCUGUCGAUCUGUUUGCAAAGCACCAUGAGAAAUUCGUAAAGGAAUACUCGUAA